GCUGUUAUGUCCGAAACUUCCUGCGUCCUACACGUAUGGCCGUCAGAAUGGGGUUUGCAGUCUUUGGACCCAACCUGCCUGGCGGCUAUAAUGUAUAUGCAACUUUCUAUGCCGGGAAAGUUCCAAGUUGCAGAGAGUUGUGACCCAGAUAUGUCUCCCAAUGGUCAUCUGCCAUUCCUAACUUAUGGACACCUCGUAUACGCAUCGCUUCCCUCAAUAGUGUCAUUCGUUACAUCCCUCUCGAAAGCUCGAACACCCGGGGUGAAAAACAUUGACGCGUCGCUUUCCGCUUCCCAAAGAUCCCAGAGUGUUGCAUGGUGGUCCCAUGUGGAGGAGAACUUCGGAGAUUUUGUCUCGCACAUGUUCUUUGGUGUAGACGCAAAUUUCUGGGGACUCACGAGACCCACUCUCGGAAGUCUGAUGCCAAUCCCGCAGCGGUACUAUGUGCCGGGAAGGAUUCGAGAAUCAUAUCGGCGGCGGUUGGAAACUUGCGGACUGUGGUGUUUACCAGAAGCUGAGCAAGAACGUAAAAGCCCUUUUGCGAAGACAGAAAAGAAGCGCGAUGAUCACGUGGGCACAUUCACUCGUGCAUUUGAGCGGGAGAAGGUCAUGGAAAAGGCGCGUGCCAUUUUGGACCUCUACGCGAGGUUGUUGGAUGGAAAGAAGUUCUUGUUCGAUGCACACCCGACAAGCUUCGACGUGUAUCUUGCCGCUCACAUACUUUUGCUGGCAAACCCUCCAUUUCCUGGUUCAGUUUUGCAGACUUUGCUACUAGAGAAGUAUCCCUCACUCGUGGAUCAUGCUCGCCGUGUGCAGAGCGAGGUAGAACAGGCACCCCCAUACGGACAUGCCCCUGCGUCGAAGCCAUCGGUUUUAUCUCUCUUCUCAUUCAGGCGCAAUGUCAGUAAGGAAAUUAAACCCUCUAGUCCAGAUGACCUUCGGUUUCGACAUAUGAGAUGGGCGUGGAUAGCCCUGGCGCUGGGUGCGGCCGCUUACAAUAUCAUGCAGUUUUCAAAGUCGAUCGUGAUAGUGAGGAUUGACGAGGACGAGGGAGAUGAGGGCGAGGACGCAUAUAAGGAAGGAACUGACAUCGAGACAGGGGAUGAAGGCCAGGAUUAGGCCAGGUAGUUUACACAUGCGUAGUGAUUAACCCCUGUCUAUGUGGCUCACGUGA